AUGGCAGCUUCUCCGGUUAAUUUCCUCUUUGGAUUUUUGUUACUUUCCAUUACGUUAUGGCUGCUUUUCAUAUCUACUUCCAGAUUAUUGGCUUGGAUUUUAAGUUGGAGUUUGGGAGCGUCUGUUAAAUUUCGUUUUGGUGGGUGGAAAUGCUUAAGGGAUGUGGUAGUGAAGUUUAAAAAGGGUGCUGUUGAAUCUGUAUCUGUUGGUGAAAUUAAGCUCAGCUUACGCCAGUCCCUGGUCAAACUUGGCGUGGGUUUUAUAUCUCGGGAUCCAAAGCUGCAAGUGUUAAUAUGUGACUUAGAAGUUGUGAUGAGGCCUUCAAAUAAAAGCCCAAGGAAGAAGAAAAAUCGGAAAUCCCGUGCUUCAGGAAGAGGGAAGUGGAUGAUUGUAGGCAAUAUUGCAAGAUAUCUGUCAGUUUGUGUGACUGAUCUGGUUCUGAAGACACCAAAAUUUACUGUUGAAAUCAAAGAAUUGAAUGUGGAUAUAUCUAAAGAUGGUGGAUCUAAGUCAAGUUUAUUAGUUAGACUACAAAUAUUACCUAUUCUUGUUUAUAUUGGUGAGCCGCGGGUUAGUUGUGACCAGUUAUCUAAUUUAAAUGGCGGAGGAUGCAGUUCUUCGUGCCAGGCAUCCUUUGCUGCUGUAGAAAGGUCUCCUGCCCCUUUUAUCUGUGAAAAGUUUUCAGUCUCUUGUGAAUUUGGCCAUGAUAGGGAAGCUGGUAUAGUUAUCAAGAAUGUGGACAUUUCCAGUGGAGAGGUAACAUUGAAUUUGGACGAGGAAUUGCUUUUGAAAAGCAAGAGUUCAUCAAGGUCUUCUUCUAACUCGGACAGUAUUAUAGGGUCACAAGCUGAUUCUGUAAGCAAUAAAAAGCCAUCAAAGAAGCAGCAAAAACUUGCAGCCUUCUCCAAGUACAGUUCUAUGUUUCCGGAAAAGGUCAACUUCAACCUACCAAAGUUGGAUGUGAAUUUUGUGCACCGUGAACAUGGUCUUUCUAUUGAAAACAACAUCACAGGUAUCCAAUUGAAAAGCACCAAAUCUCGCUCUACUGAGGAUGUUGGGGAGAGUACACGCCUUGAUUUUCAACUAGAGUUUAGUGAAAUUCAUCUUCUUAGAGGAGAUGGUUCUUCCAUCCUGGAGAUAUUAAAGUUGGAUUUGGUUUCUUUUGUAUAUAUCCCUGUACAGCCAAUUUCACCUGUUAGAGCUGAAACUGAAAUCAAGCUAGGAGGUACUCAGUGCAACAUCAUGAUGAGCCAGCUAAAGCCAUGGCUUUUCCUUCAUUUGUCUAAAAAGAAAAAAGUGGUUCUUAGAGAAGAAGCUUCUGUUGUCGCAAAGCCACAAUCAACUGAUGGCGAGAUCAUCAUGUGGACAUGCAAUGUUUCAGCUCCUGAGAUGACAAUAGUGCUUUUCGACAUGGUUGGUUCACCAGUGUAUCAUGGAUGCUCACAAUCAUCACAUCUGUUUGCAAACAACAUUUCAAAUACGGGGACGACAGUACAUGUUGAACUUGGAGAGUUAAAUCUCCACAUGGCUGAUGAAUAUCAAGAGUUUUUGAAAGAAAGUGUUUUUGGCGUGGAAUCAAAUUGUGGCUCAAUUAUGCACAUUGCAAAGGUUAGUUUGGAUUGGGGGAAGAAGGACAUGGAAUCGCCUGAAGAUGAUGGUCCUAGGCUAGGUUUGUCAAUUGAUGUGACUGGAAUGGGAGUUUAUCUAACUUUCAAGCGAAUAGCGUCACUCAUAUCAACAGCAAUAUCAUUUCAAGCUUUAUUAAAAACCCUAUCGGCUUCAAAGAAAAAAUCCACUCACAGCCAAGGGCGAUUAUCAAAACCUUCAGGGAAGGGAACUCAGAUUUUGAAAUUCAAUCUUGAGAGGUGUUCUGUAUAUAUUUGGGGUGAGACAGGGUUGGAUAAUGCAACUGUUCCAGACCCAAAGCGUGUUAAUUAUGGUUCACAAGGUGGUAAAGUUAUAAUAGAUGUCUCAGAAGAUGGUACCCCACGCAAUGCCCACAUAAUGCCCACUAUUUCCAAUGAAUGCCAGAAGCUCAAGUACUCUGUCUCUCUUGAAAUCUUUCAAUUCAAUUUGUGCACGAACAAAGAGAAACAGUCCACGCAGAUUGAACUUGAAAGAGCUAGAUCUGUCUAUCAGGAAUAUAUGGAAGAAAAUCGGCCAGUAACAAAGGUGGCAUUGUUUGAUAUGCAGAAUGCUAAAUUUGUACGGCGAUCUGGUGGACUAAAACAGAUUGCCGUCUGUUCUCUUUUCAGUGCUACUGACAUCACUCUUAGGUGGGAGCCUGAUGUACAUCUAUCACUAAUUGAACUUGUAUUGCAGCUGAAGUUACUGGUACAUAAUAGCAAGCUUGAACACAUGGGAAACGCAUCUGAUGGUCGGGAUGCUACUACUGAAUCAGGACAUCUUGAAAAGCAGAAGCAUAAAGAGUCAAUUUUUGCUGUUGAUGUAGAAAUGUUAAGUAUUUCUGCUGGGCUAGGAGAUGGAGUUGAUGGUAUGGUUCAGGUGCAGUCAAUAUUCUCUGAAAAUGCUCGUAUAGGAGUGCUCCUUGAAGGACUUAUGCUUAGUUUUAAUGGGGCUAGGAUCUUCAAGAGUAGUCGAAUGCAAAUUUCACGAAUUCCCAGUAUCUCUGCUAGCGCAUCUGAUGCAAAAGGACAUGUGGUCACUACAUGGGAUUGGGUAAUUCAAGGCCUUGAUGUUCACAUUUGCAUGCCAUACAGAUUGCAAUUGCGUGCCAUUGAUGAUGUCAUUGAGGAUAUGUUACGAGGUUUGAAGCUCAUAAUUGCUUCAAAGACAAAUUUAAUUUUUCCUGUGAAGAAAGAUAGCUCUAAAGUUAAGAAACCCAGUUCUGUUCAAUUUGGAUGCCUUAAAUUUUGUAUACGCAAGUUAACUGCUGAUAUUGAAGAGGAACCAAUCCAGGGAUGGCUCGAUGAACACUAUCAGUUACUGAAGAAGGAGGCAGGUGAGUUAGCUAUCCGGAUGAACUUUCUAGAUGAAUUAAUAUCUAAGGCAAAACAUGGUCCUAAAUCUACGGACACCAUUAGUUCUUCUCAAGAAGGAAAAUUUUCUUUUAACAAUAUUGAGGUUGAUGUAAAAGAUGAUACUACUGUUGAAUCCAUAAGAGAAGAAAUUUAUAAAAGAUCAUUUCGAUCAUAUUACCAGGCAUGCCAAAAUCUAGUGUUAUCGGAAGGGUCAGGUGCUUAUAGAGAAGAUUUCCAGGCUGGUUUCAAACCCAGUACUUCAAGGACUUCUCUUCUUUCUAUAACUGCAUUAGAUUUAGAUCUAAGCUUGAAAAAAAUUGAUGGCGGAGAUGCUGGGAUGAUUCAGAUUCUGAAGAAGCUCGAUCCUGUUUGUCUUGAAAAUGAUAUACCAUUCUCUCGACUGUAUGGGACAAAUAUCCUCCUAAAUACAGGCUCUCUUGUGGUCCAGCUUCGGAAUUACACAUUUCCUCUUUUCUCUGGAAGUUCCGGUAAAUGUGAAGGUCGUCUUGUGUUGGCUCAGCAGGCAACUAGCUUUCAACCACAAAUAUAUCAAGAUGUCUAUGUUGGGAGAUGGAGAAAGGUUCGCAUGCUACGAUCGGCCAGUGCACUUCGGAGGGCUAAUCUAAGUGUUAGGAAUCCUGGUCCACUUAUUCCGCCACCAAAAAAGGAGCGGAGUUUACCAUGGUGGGAUGACAUGAGAAAUUACAUACAUGGAAAAGUUUCCCUACUGUUUUCUGAAUCAAGAUGGAAUAUUUCGGCAACUACAGAUCCAUAUGAAAAGGUUGAUAAACUUCAAAUUGUAAGCAGCUGUAUGGAAAUUCACCAGUCUGAUGGUCGCGUUUUUGUUUCUGCCAAAGAUUUUAAGUUUUUAUUAAGUAGUUUGGAAAGUUUGGCAAAUCGAUGUGGUUUCAAAAUUCCAACAGGAGUCUCUGGUGCAUUUUUAGAAGCCCCUAUCUUUACUCUUGAAGUUACAAUGGACUGGGAAUGUGGAUCUGGAGAUCCCAUGAAUCAUUAUUUAUUUGCUCUACCAGUUGAGGGAAAACCUCGCGACAAAGUAUUUGAUCCCUUCCGAUCGACUUCUUUUUCUCUCCGAUGGAACUUCUCUCUUAGACCCUUUCCUCUUUCAUUAGAAAAACAUUUCCCAGCUUCCUUUUCUAGAGAUAAUACUGAAGGAGGUGCUACUGUAUUUGAUCCUCCUCAUGUAUCUCAAAAUGUUUCGCGCAUGUCGCCUACAUUUAACUUUGGAGCUCAUGAUCUAGCAUGGAUAUUAAGAUUCUGGAACUUGAACUACAAUCCUCCACAUAAGCUGCGGAGCUUCUCUCGUUGGUCGCGUUUUGGAGUUCCGAGAGUUGUCAGGUCAGGCAAUCUUUCACUAGAUAAAGUGAUGACUGAAUUCAUGCUUCGUCUAGAUGCCACCCCAGCUUCUAUUAAGAACAUGCCUUUAGAUGAUGAUGAUCCAGCCAAAGGACUGACUUUUACAAUGACAAAACUUAAGUAUGAACUGUGUUAUAGUAGGGGCAAGCAAAAAUAUACUUUUGAAAGCAAGCGUGAUAUUCUUGAUCUUGUUUACCAGGGUCUUGACUUUCAUAUGCUCAAAGCUUUCAUAAAUAAGGAAGCCUGUGCUAGUGUUGUUAAAGUAGUUAACAUGAUGCUGAAAAGUUCACAAUCUAUAACAGACAAAAUCACCUCUGACAAAGGUUACAUGACAGAGAAAAAUCGUGAUGAUGGGUUUCUAUUGUCCUCUGAUUACUUCACUAUCAGAAGACAAUCCUCAAAGGCCGAUCCUGCCAGGUUACUUGCAUGGCAAGAAGCAGGGAGAAGAAAUGUUGAGAUGACAUACGUACGGUCUGAGUUUGAAAAUGGGAGUGAAACUGACGAGCAUGUGCGGUCUGACCCAAGUGAUGACGAUGGUUACAAUGUGGUUAUAGCUGACGGUUGUCAGCGUGUGUUUGUCUAUGGUCUUAAGCUUUUGUGGACUAUUGAAAACAGAGAUGCUGUUUGGGCUUGGGUUGGUGGCCUAUCCAAAGCCUUUGAGCCUCCUAAGCCUUCUCCAUCUCGGCAAUAUGCACAGAGGAAAUUACUCGAGGAAAACAAAAAGCACGAUGGAGCCGAUUUAGGUCAAGAUGAUGUUUCAAAGUGUCUUGCAUCUGGUAAAAUUUCUAAGUCACCCCCUUCUCAGCAAGCAGGUACUUCUGGGUCAAUUUCUUCUCCAUCAAACUCAGUUAAGGAGGACACUUUGCUAUCUGCUAAGAUGGAGAACAUAGAUGAUUCAGAUGGGACUCGACACUUCAUGGUGAAUGUCAUUGAGCCUCAAUUUAAUCUUCACUCGGAGGAUGCAAAUGGUAGAUUUCUGCUGGCUGCUGUCAGUGGCCGUGUUUUGGCUCGGUCUUUUCAUUCAGUCCUUCAUGUUGGUUAUGAGAUGAUUGAGAAAGCUUUUGGUGCUACGGACGUACAUAUUGGUGAAUACCAACCUGAAAUGACAUGGAAAAGAAUGGAGUUCUCUGUUAUGUUGGAGCAUGUACAGGCUCAUGUUGCACCAACAGAUGUUGAUCCUGGAGCUGGAUUGCAGUGGCUUCCGAAAAUUCUUAGAAGUUCUCCAAAAGUAAUGCGUACAGGUGCUCUUCUCGAGAGAGUUUUUAUGCCCUGUGAUAUGUAUUUUAGGUACACAAGACACAAAGGGGGCACGCCAGAACUGAAAGUGAAACCUUUGAAGGAGCUCACAUUCAAUUCUCGUAAUAUAACGGCAACAAUGACAUCUCGCCAGUUUCAGGUCAUGCUGGAUGUGUUGAUCAAUCUUCUCUUUGCACGCCUACCAAAGCCUCGGAAAAGUAGCCUGUCCUUUCCAGCCGAAGAUGAUGAUGAUGUUGAAGAAGAAGCAGAUGAGGUGGUUCCUGAUGGUGUUGAAGAGGUGGAGCUUGCAAAAAUUAAUCUUGAAAAAAGACAAAGGGAACAAAAGUUGCUUCUUGAUGAUAUUCGAAAAAUGUCUCUUUGGUGCGACUCUCCUGGAGAUGUACAUACUGAAAAGGAAAGUGACUCGUGGAUGAUAACUGGCGGAAGAUCUAUGCUGGUCCAAGGAUUGAAGAGAGAGCUAUUAAGUGCACAAAAAUCUAGAAAAGCAGCAUCUGUAGCACUAAGGUUAGCUCUUCAAAAAGCUGCUCAGCUAAGGUUGACAGAGAAGGAGAAGAACAAAAGUCCUUCAUAUGCUAUGCGGAUAUCUCUGCAAAUUAACAAAGUUGUUUGGAGCAUGCUUGUUGAUGGUAAAUCCUUUGCUGAAGCCGAGAUCAAUGACAUGAUAUAUGACUUCGACCGCGAUUACAAGGAUGUCGGUGUUGCCCAGUUUACAACAAAAUAUUUUGUUGUCAGAAACUGCCUGCCUAAUGCCAAGUCUGAUAUGCUUUUGUCUGCUUGGAAUCCUCCAACCGAAUGGGGAAAAAAAGUGAUGCUUCGGGUUGAUGCACAACAGGGAGCUCCAAGAGAUGGAAAUUCUUCUCUUGAACUUUUCCAGGUAGAGAUUUAUCCCCUUAAGAUCCAUUUAACGGAGACGAUGUACAGAAUGAUGUGGGAGUAUUUCUUUCCAGAAGAAGAACAAGAUUCCCAAAGGAGGCAGGAAGUUUGGAAGGUUUCUACCACUGCCGGUGCAAGGCGUGUAAAGAAAGGUUCGCUCCUUGAAGCUUCUGCUUCAAGCAGUCACUCAAUAAAAGAGACCGAGGCCUCAUCUAAAUCUGGCAUAUCUGCAAUGCUAUUUCCUGCAACAAGUCAGCUUCCUGUCCAUGCUGUAUCAGCUCAAAUAUCCAAAGUGCAAAGUGCCAAAGAAAACCCCAGUACUAGUAUAGCCCCUGAGUUGAGAAGGACAUCAUCUUUUGACCGAAGUUGGGAAGACACUGUUGCCGAAUCUGUAGCUAAUGAACUUGUUUUGCAAAGUUUCUCUUCCUCAAAAGAUGUCCCAUGUAGUUCUGCCGACCAACACGAUGAAGCCAAGAAUAAAUCAAAAGAUUCCAAAGGUGUUAAAGGUGGCCGCUCUUCUCAUGAAGAAAAAAAGUUGGCUAAGUCACAUGAAGAGAAGAGAUCAAGGCCACGGAAAAUGAUGGAGUUUCACAACAUCAAAAUUAGCCAGGUGGAAUUAUUGGUUACAUAUGAAGGACAGAGGAUUGUUGUAAAUGAUCUCAAGUUACUUAUGGAUCAAUUUCACCGUCCGGAGUUUACUGGGACUUGGCGAAAACUCUUUUCCAGAGUUAAGAAGCACAUCAUCUGGGGGGUCCUGAAGUCUGUGACUGGAAUGCAGGGUCGGAAAUUUAAAGAUAAAGGUCAGAGUCAGCCUACUGGAGCUGGUGUUCCUGAAAUUGACCUCAAUUUUAGUGACAAUGAAGGCCAAGGAGGAAAGUCUGAUCAAUAUCCGCCAUCUUGGCCCAAGCGUCCAGGUGAUGGUGCAGGUGAUGGAUUUGUGACAUCUAUUAGAGGACUAUUCAGUACUCAGCGUCGCAAGGCAAAGGCAUUUGUUCUCAGAACUAUGAGGGGUGAAGCUGAGAAUGAUUUUCCAGGUGAUUGGAGUGAAAGCGAUAUGGAAUUCUCUCCUUUUGCUAGGCAGCUGACCAUUACAAAAGCUAAAAAACUUAUUAGGAGGCACACUAAGAAGUUCCGCACCAGAGGACCAAAAGGUUCGUCUUCCCAACAAAGAGAAUCGUUACCAUCAUCUCCAAGAGAGACAACCACAUUUGACAGUGAUUCUUCAAGUGGAUCCUCACCAUAUGAAGAUUUUCACGAGUAG